GUCAGUCUUUAGAAGUACUGCAAACCUGUAUCACAUGAUCCUGUCAUCAUUCAAGAUGGUGGACACAAAAUUGACGGUCAGGAUGAUCUUGUCGGUUUUCGUUGUAUUUCUGGCUUCCAGAGCCGCUGCAGAGCAAGUUCCGACAAUUAUGUGGUCAAGUCAAAGCUACCUCCAUGACCUGCCGCCUGCCCGCGCUGGACACAGUCUGUCUCCCAUCGACCUGCAGCACGACUACCUGGACACCAUCCUCGCCAAACACCCACAGCUCAUCGUGCUCUUUAUACAGGACAAGUUGAGUCUGGAUGACUUCAGCCAGUACGGUGAUGUGUACAACGGCAACAGUAAUGGAGGACUGUUCUCCAACCUGAAGUCCUCCAUGGACCACGCCUCCUCCUCCCUGGUCCUGGCCUCGGAGCUGCCCGCCUCCCCCGGUCUCCAUGGCAACCAGGUGGCGACGUACCUGGAGGGUCGCGUGGACGGGUCGGUCAUCCCCGUGGAGCUGAGUCUGACAGAGAUCCGCACCGACGGGAAGAAACUCCCGCUGGACAAGAACUGUCUCAUCCGUGUGCAGCUGCCGCCGGCGGAAGGGUCCAUUGAAGAAUCCUUGAGAAGGAACAAUGACAUCAUUGGCUCUGUAAUUAAGAGUCUGCCCAAAGAGAUCGACUUCACCAUUCUUCUCACUGCAAACAGGCCUUCCAAGGUGUCUGUGGUGUUACCUUCCCAUGAUUCCCUGUCCUCUGGCCGCCAUCUUCUUGCCGACGGUGACGCCAUUGAUGACUCGACCUUCACGUUCAUCAACGCUACAAAGGACAGCUCCUGCGCUGUGUACCUGUACGCAACAGACGUGAGUUUCCUGGUGGCCAAGCUAGAUGAAUCGACUCCAUUUGAGGACACGGUGAACCUUACAGGCGUAGUCCCUACCUCACAGACUGUCACCUGUGCAAAUGGCACCGUGGAGUUGGCCUUGAAGUACAGCGAUGUGGGCAACCUCAAGAACCUGGACAUGAUCAUCCCUUUUGAUGUCAACAAGCGCCAGUGGUCGCUAGGCAACAUCACCCUGCAGUACAACUACCAAAGCGAUCAGCAGACCGUCCGUGGCUCCGACAUGCUGGUGCCAAAGUUCACGGCGACUCCACGCAAAAUGUCGUUCCACUGCGACAAGCCCAACAAGUUCAAAGAGUUGAGCACGGACAAGGACAACAACACGAAAGGGGUCAUAACCUUUCAGGGGUUACAGGUCCAGCCUGUGGACAUAUCAAACGGAGCAUUCUCGGAUGCAAACGAGUGUGUGGGGUUCUUCACGGCGCCCAUCUGGAUGGGUCUGCUGACCUCCAUCAUCCUCACGCUGGUCCUCGCGUUCGGCAUGAUGAUGAUCAUGUCGCUCAAAACCAUGGACCGCUUCGAUGACCCCAAGGGGAAAACGAUUACUGUCAACGUGGCAGACUAGCAGACGUAGUAGUGACGUGUGGAGGCUAUGUCAUGUUAUUUAGUUCGGGAUUCUCUAUCUGUAGAGUUGUUGUAGCGAAUCAUAAGAAAAUAUCAACAGAUAACUUUUAACAUGAUAUACAAUGCCACGUAAUACCAAACCACUGGUGGGGUAAUUGUGGUCUAUAGGAAAAGAAGUUAAUGUAAAGGUAUAUGAACCCCCUUGCAGUUUUCAAUGGAAUGGUCCUAAGUUUUACCUCCACAGCUUUUUUUCAUGUUAUAGAUGAAAGAAUGCAAACCAAGUAGCUAGUUUGAUAGGUCCCUAGGGAAUUAUCUGUAUAUGUUAGCUCAUGAGAUGUGUAGAAAAAUGCAAUCAGUACAGAAUUAAGCAGAUUAACAAAAAAAAAAGCUUCUUAUAAGUAAUACAAAUGUACCUAUAAAAGAUACCCAGAAAAUAUCUUACAUGUCAAUGGUCCAUGAGCGAUCUAUCUAAGUGUUGUCAGUAUAGUAGUGAAAUGUGUCAUGUGAAGGUGUUAGUAUGUAUAAGUAGUGUAAUUUGUAAGUCAAGAUGUAUAUGGUAAUGUUCAAUGGGUGAAUGAUAACCUCUAAAUUGAUGCUGCUGGACUAUUUGUUGCUCAAAGGGGUUAUUAUUAUGAAAAUUCCUUUCUCGUGAGUUUCACCAUUUCUACUUUUCUUAGAUAAGCUGCAAAUGCAAGACACAGAUGUUUCUCCACUUUGAAAGCAAAACCCACCUGAAGGCUUCUUGCCACUCACCUGGUCAUUCUUUCAUUUAUUCUUCCUACAUUAUCUGUUUCGGUGAACUCCUCUUUCUCCUGAUUGUAUAGCAGAACUUGCAAGAUACAUGUACUGGAGAUACCCUAGUGAAACCUCAUGUUGUAAUAUGAUAUGUAUAUCAAAUGAUGAUCCCAUUAAAUGUAUAUCAACUUAGCUCUGUUGGGAGCGUACGAAACUUGGCAAGUUAUUUGUGGAUGUAGGCUCUGCUCUAAAGAUUCAUGUGUUAGAAGUAGAACAUAACGGCCACACUGGGAGGAGAGAGUAGUAAUUAUAUCACUGCCAGUCAAAAUGCAUCAGAGUUGAAAUCCUGAAGCCAGGUGACAUGCCAUGGUAUUAUGUCAUAGAAGAAGGAAGAACAUUUUGUGACAAGAUGUAAGAAAUCAUGCAAUAGUCUAAAGUUAUAAUUUGUAUUUAUGGUGAUUAUUUUGUUGUACUGAAUUAGGAUGUCUUUCUUAUUUUGUACUUGGAUAUACAAACUCAUUUUGGGCAUAUAUGAAGAUGUGGUGAAAUAUAAUUGUUAUUGCUGAAAAAUAUGUUGUCUUGUUACAUGUCAUUUUGCUUGUUAAGGGGGCACUAAUUCAUUUUCACAGUUUUCUGACAAUUAAACAAAAAAUCAGCAAGAGAGCA